AUGCAUUAAUGCUAAAAAGUAUUUUAAAAUGAAGAGGAAGCUAAAGCUGCUGCAAAUCUAACAAUUAUAGAAAUCUUGAGUAAUCCAAGUUAUUAGGAUGAUGAGAAGUUUGAUAAAUUACUCAAUUAAUUUAUUGAAUAACAACUGGAAUUAGAUAAAAAAAUUUAGAAGAUGAUUUAAUCAUAAAUAGAUGCAUUAAAUAAAACAAAAAAUUUUAUGGAUUAAUGUUUUAAUAAUGUUGAAAAAUGUGAAUAAUAAAUAACAAAUUUAAAUUCAGAAUUUGAUAAAGAUGCUCAAUUUCAUAGAGAAUUAGUUAGCUAUGAAAGGAUAUUUUUUUAUAGAAAAAAUAUAGGAUUAAUGCUUGAUCAAAUGAAAUAUAUUUUUAAAGUAUAAGAAGAAAUCGAUAAAAUGAAUUAAACAUUUUAGAAUGGAAAUGCUGACUAUGAAAAUCUUCAUUAUAAAUUAAUCGCUUUAGUUGAUAUCAGAGAUAAUAUCAUUGAAGCUGUUAAUACAUCUCCUUAAUAUAAAUAAGAUUUGAGUGUUAUACUUAAUGAAUUCUAAUGUUUAUCAGAAUUUGAGAAUAAGUUUUAUGAUAAGAUAUUUGAGAUAUUUCUUACCACAAUUGAUGCAUCUAUAAAAAAGCCUUAAUAAUUAAUAAAAGCACUUUAGAUAAUCGAAACAGCUGAUAAAUCUAGAGAAUUAAGAAAGAAGGAUUUGAUAUAUAAAAAAAGAGUAAUACAAACAAUAGAAAAAGGUAUCGAUGAAAAGUUUAAUUAAAAGUUGAAAGAUGCAAAUGAUGCUGUUUAAAUUUUAGAACAAUCUAAGUUUUCUUCUGCGGAUUUGAUUUUAGCAUUUGAUCAUACUGUUAAAUGUUUUCCAAAACAUUAUAAUAUAUUUAAAAUAAUUGAAGAUUAAUAUAAAGUAAAUGUAGAAAAGAGAAUAAUCCCUUUCCUUGAAGAUGAAUAAAAAGUAACAGAAUCAUUUGGUACUUUAAUAAAUUUGUUAAGUUGGGUUGAUUCAUAUGAAUAAUUACUUAGUAGAGUUGGUGAAUAAACUGAAUCUUAUGUUGCAUUAAGAUGUAAAGUGAAGUCUUAUAUGCCAAUUUUUUAAGAUCAUGUUAAUAAUCUAAUUAUUGAUUUUUCAGAAAAAGCAAUUAGAAAAGAUAAAAGUGAAUAAUAAACUUUAGAGAAUAUCACUAAACUUAUUAGAACUAAAUAAGAUUUAUUAACUUAUUUCCCAGAAGAUAUUUUCCAUUUUAUCAAUUAAUAAUUAGAUAUUUUAGGUCCUAAUCUAAAAGGAGAAAUAUUUAUUGAAUUUAUUCGUUCUGUAUGUGGAACUUUAUCAGAAGUAUUGAAAAAGGAAUGCAAAGAUUUUAUUAAUGAACUUCCUAGUAGCGAAUAAGAAGGAGAAGUUUCACCUCUUUAUCUCUUAGUUUUAUAAACUAAUAAUUAUUAUAAAUGCAUGACAUAUUCUAAUGAAACAAAAGAAUAUUGUUUAAAAUUUUGUAAUGAAUUAAUUUCAGAUAGAGUCUAAUAAAUAUUUUAUUAAGAUUUAACUGGAGGUUUCAAUGAAAUAAUUAAUUAAUUGUUAGAAAAAUCUUGCAAAUUAGUUUUUAAUGAAAUUAAUGAUUAAAUUAUUCCAUUUUUAUUUGCUCCUAAAUGGUAAAACGAAAAUUUGAUAGAUUAAGCAUUAUUAACUCUUAAAGAUUAUCUAAAGGAUAUUUAAAUAUUAAUGUUAAAUUAAAUACAUUUUAAUAAAUUAGUAAAAUUAAUCUUUAAACAACUUAUCACUAUAUAUUAAGAAUAAUUACUAUUUACAUAUUAAUUUAUUACAGGCAUUCCAAAAGGUAUCAAAUAAAUUAUAAAAGUGUUUAGGUUUCUUUCCUAAAUUAUUAACAAACUUAAGCUUUGUGAAUGAAUAGGAUAAGGAUAAGAAAAAGAAAGAAAAAGAUAAGAAAGCUGCUAUUACGAUGAUACUUUCAAAUAAAGAAUUACUUAUACCAUAAAUGUAGAGAGAUAGGGAUGUUAUUAUGAAUUCAAUAGAAUAAGAUUUUAUUACUUAGGUUGGUAAGACUAGUGCCCAAUAAUAUGAUAAAAUUUUAACAACUCUUAUUAAAUCAAUAAAUAAUCCAAAAAGUGAAUUAGAUGGACUGCUAUAACUUUAUCCAUAAAGCUUUGAAUAAUAUUCUCUAAAUAUAUUGGAAGUAGUUUUAUAGAUAAGAGAAGAUUUUGAUGUAAAAUAAAAAUAAUAAAAAAUGGAGAUUUUAAAUAAUUUAAUUAACAAGAAAUAAUGA